UUUAAAUGAUCGCAGUUUCCAAUGCUUGCUGUGACCGCCAUUUAAUUGUAUUGUUUUGCCAUACAUUGAGUGUAUGUAUGAGUGUAUUGAGGGAACAGUGAGUGAAUCGUACGGCAAAAGUGUAUUAAUAGAGUUGUGGCGCAAACGCAUGCAUUGGCUGUGAAUGCAAUCUCUGAAGGUCUCUAUGAAUGUACGGAUAGACUAGCGUUGAGUGAAAGCAAAGCAUCGACUCAUAGACUCAUUCGUAGGAAACCAUUGAAUCCAUUAACCACUGAAACAACAGUUUAUGUCCGAAAGCAAUGCAGACGAGCAUCCAUUAGCACAUCCAUUGAUCUCAUUAUCACUCACUUGAUCCGAGUGUCCACGACGUCGAGUAGAGUACAUCAGUGACCAUAAGGUGGUGAGUGUUGGCAUUGCAGCGACAAUGGAGUCUUCGUAUGGCAUUGGAGUGAAGAACAGAUACGCCGUCUUCAUAGGCGACGAAGAAGAGGAUCCCUUAGAGAUCGUCAGCAAGAGUGAGGAGAAGGUGAAGACGUCGGCCCACACGGCCGACAAGUCGACCGCACGGGCCGUGAAGGCGCUCAACGACUCCCGGCUGUCCAAUGCUAACCAUCAGAACAUCAUUAAAGACAACAAGAGUCCAAAGGAUCCACUCAUUAAGUCGAAGACAACCGAAGGUCCGCCGUCUUUGUCCAAAAGUAAAGACAUCACUAAAGGCGAUCCCAACCGAAUCAACCGACAAAAGUCAGACCGGACUCCUCGGCCACCCCGCGAUGGCAACCAAUUGGGCGAUAAACCCAAUUACAUCAGUGACCGCCAGAACCGACCUCCGCGUCAGUUCAAUGACCAGAAGAACAUCGACGACCUGAAGAACCAACGCAACCGAGACGACCACUUUGGCGGACCCAAUGAGCCCAGGCGAGAGCGCAGUGACAGUGACCGGAGAGGCGGCCGACCGGGCGGUCGGAACAACGGGUCCCGUCGGGGGGGCGGAAGCUUUGGCGGUCAAGACCAAAGGCGAGGCAAACGUGAUCUCGACAGACACUCAGGCAGUGAUAAGUCCGGGGUUAAGGCGAUGGACAAGAGGGACGGCGGCGGCGCUCAUAAUUGGGGUAAAGUGAAUGACUACUCCAAUGAGGAGACUCUGACGGCCGACAAUCAAGACAUGACUGACAAGAGCGCCGACGAGACGGCUCUUGACAUAAACGACUCGAAUCAUGAAAUCGAUGCGAACGCCACCGAAGACGCGACGCCUAAAGAGGAGGCGCCCAAAGAGAUGACUCUCGAAGAGUAUAAACAACAACUCGAGGAGCAGAGAGUGCAACCGAAGUUCAAUCUGCGAAAGCCUGGAGAGGGAGAGGACAACUCGCAGUGGAAGAAGACAUUCCUUCUGAAGAAGAAGGUCGAGGACGAGGAGGAAGUGGAGUACGAGGAGAUCGAAGUGGAGGAGGACCCGCGAAAAGGUCGACACAAACAGGUUCUGGACAUUGAGAUAAACUUCCGAGACGAAGGACGCGAUUUCCCCCGACGUGGAGACGGCAGACGUGGCGGUCGAGACCGGAGAGGCGAUGACAGGGACAGGCCUGACAGAGGUGAUAGGCCCGAGAGAGGUGGCGAUCGUCCCGACAGAGAUCGCGGCGAUAGGGGUGAGCGUCGAGGAGGAGGUGGCGGCGGUGGUGGUGAGAGAGGCGAGAGGGGUGGCGGCCGCGGUGGUGGUCGAGGCAGUGACCGACCCUUUGGCGACCGCCCGCGUGGUAUCCGUCGUCCGCGUGACCCGAAAGAGCAAACGGCCCCCAAAGUCGACGACUGGAAUGACUUUCCCUCGUUGUCAACGGCAUAAGUGUCUGCACUCUUACCUACAUUUUUUGACAUCAAUUAUAACAUUAAUUAUAAGAUAUUAAGCAAAUAAUAGACAACCAAACGAUUAAAACACAUGAAAAUGACUUAAAUUUUGAUCAGAUAUUCUAAUUGCAGUUUUCGUCGAUUGAUCCAAAAUAUUAUUUUACGCUAUAUUUGUAGGAAAAUGAUAUAUAAAUACAAUAUAUAUAUUGAUAUAAUAUUGAUAUUUAACUUAAGAGCCAAACAAAUAUGAGUUAUGUUUUUGAUUGAUAUAUUGUUAAACACAACCAAUGUUAAGAUAACGAGUCAUUACCUGAAGAGUAAUUCAUUGAAACAAUCGAUUCUUUUGAUGUAUUUUUUUGCAUAUUAUAUAAAUGAAAAUAAUGUCCGAUUAAUGACGAAAAAUCGUUUUUCUUUAUUUCAAAAUAAAUGAAUUUUUGAUUGAAA